CGGGCGGCGGCGGCGGAGGGAGGGCCCGGCCCGGGAGGGGAAGGGGCCGGUCCUCCCCGCGCAGGCAGCAGCCGCGGCAGCCUAGGAGGCGGAGGCAGCGGCGGCGGCAGGGGAGGCAACGUGCCCGCCGCAGUCCGCCCGGCAGCACCGGACCCGCGCCCGCCCGCGCCGGGGCGCCCUCUUCACUGCGCGCGGUAUAAGGAAAUGCUAGAACUAGUGAUCUCACCCAGCCUUACUGUAAACAGCAGUUGUCCGGGGAAACUGAAGCUUAACUGCGCUGACGCUGAUGUCUGGACUCUGAGUGACAUAGAAGGCAUCCCCACAUCAGUCCCUCUGAGCGUGUCCCCGCUCUUCGCAAGACCUUGCGCACGUGUCCUGCCAAGCCAGCCUCCCACAGCCAUGGCGGCCUACGGCCAGACACAGUACAGCACGGGGAUCCAGCAGGCCGCCCCCUACACGGCUUACCCACCUCCAGCACAAGCCUACGGGAUCCCUUCUUACAGCAUCAAGACAGAAGACAGCUUGAACCAUUCCCCCAGCCAGAGUGGAUUCCUCAGCUACGGCUCCAGCUUCAGCACCCCACCCACUGGACAGAGCCCAUACACCUACCAGAUGCACGGUUCGGCGGGGAUCUAUCAAGGAGCAAACGGACUGCCCAACGCAGCCGGAUUUGCAAGUGUGCACCAGGACUAUCCUUCCUACCCUGGCUUCCCUCAGAGCCAGUACUCCCAGUAUUACAGCUCGUCCUACAGCACUCCCUAUGUCCCGGCCAGCAGCGUCUGCCCUUCACCCCUCUCCACGGCCACCUACGUCCUUCAGGAGGCAUCUCACAAUGCCCCUAGCCAGAGUUCUGAGCUGCUUGGCGGUGAAUAUCACACACACAAUGGACCUUCCACGCCCGCAAAGGAGGGAGACGCAGACAGGCCGCACCGGGCCUCCUCCGACGGGAAGCUCCGAGGCCGGUCUAAGCGGAGCAGCGACCCCUCCCCAGCAGGGAACAAUGAGAUUGAGCGUGUGUUCGUGUGGGACUUGGAUGAGACAAUAAUUAUUUUUCACUCCUUACUCACGGGGACUUUUGCAUCCAGAUACGGGAAGGACACCACGACGUCUGUGCGCAUCGGCCUGAUGAUGGAAGAAAUGAUCUUCAACCUUGCAGACACGCAUCUGUUCUUCAAUGACCUGGAGGACUGUGACCAGAUCCACAUUGAUGACGUCUCCUCUGAUGAUAACGGACAGGAUUUAAGCACGUACAACUUCUCGGCUGAUGGCUUCCACAGUUCAGCCCCGGGAGCCAACCUGUGCCUGGGCUCCGGUGUGCACGGCGGUGUGGACUGGAUGAGGAAGCUGGCCUUCCGCUACCGGCGGGUGAAGGAGAUGUACAACACGUACAAGAACAACGUUGGCGGGUUGAUAGGAGCACCCAAAAGAGAGACCUGGCUACAGCUCCGAGCCGAGCUGGAAGCUCUCACCGACCUCUGGCUGACCCACUCCCUGAAGGCACUAAACCUCAUCAACUCCCGGCCCAAUUGCGUCAACGUGCUGGUCACCACCACUCAACUAAUUCCUGCACUGGCCAAAGUCCUGCUGUAUGGCCUGGGCUCCGUGUUUCCUAUUGAGAACAUCUACAGUGCAACCAAGACAGGGAAGGAGAGCUGCUUCGAAAGGAUAAUGCAGCGAUUCGGCAGAAAAGCCGUCUACAUCGUGAUUGGCGAUGGUGUCGAAGAGGAGCAGGGAGCAAAAAAGCACAACAUGCCUUUCUGGCGGAUAUCCUGCCACGCCGACCUGGAGGCACUGAGGCACGCCCUGGAGCUGGAGUAUUUAUAGCAGGACCCACAGCACCAUCUGCCAUCAAGGGGCAUCCCGGGCAUCCCACCCACCCAGGCCCCUCGCCUUCCCUGCCUCCCCGCCAGAUGCUGAGCGCCAGAAGGGUACCUUCAGCCGAGAGGACCCGUCCAGUGACCAUCUCAGAAGCUGUCCUUUCAGUCCAAACGUGGGUCCUGAGAAGCAGAGUACCCAGCAGUGGCUUUAGGAUAUUUAACUUUGGGGGAAAGGGCUGGCUCAGGCUCAGAGUCCAGACUUUUCUACAAGACUUACAGCACAAAAGCAAGGAAUUGCUGAUUUGGGGGAGGGCUGGUGAGGAGGAGGGGACAGGCUCGGUUUUGUUUUUUGUUUUUGUUUUUUUUUUUUAAUUUAUGGACUAAUGUCAUUACUCUGACGACGCUCUCAUACCUGUGUUGUUGGUUUUCUUAGUCGUUGGUUUGGUUUGGUUUUUUAAACUGGCAUGUGGGGUGGUGUUCAGCUCUAAUUUAAGUACUCUCUGCUCCAAGUUGUGCUUUGGGGGGGACAAUCAUUCUUUGAACAAUUGGUGAGGGAGGCGAUUUGGGGCUGUUGGGAAAAACUAUUGCUUAUUCGUUUUUAAGGACCUAACUUGACGUCAUGUGGACAGUGCACGUGCCUUAUGCUGCCAUCUUGUUUUCUAGGAAGAGGAGUUGCUGGAGAGGAGGUGGUACUUUGUGACAGAUAAGAGGCAUUAAAUAAAACCACGUUUACAUUUUGAAGUGGGGUAGGGUACCACUACUUUAUUACCAUUCUUCAGGCUUCCGAAUGUUUGGCCUUUUCUGAACUUUUUCAGUAGCAAAGGAAUAAAAUCCAACUCAAACUGGCUUAAGACAAAAAAAGAAAAAUGUCUUCAGGAACUUUAGGUGUUACUGACUUCAGGCAUAGCUGGAUCCAGGUGAUCAAAUGACUUCCACCUGUGUGGUCUUAGUUCUCAGUCACACUCUUUCCUAUGUGGCAAAGAUGACCAAGAAUUUUUUUAGCAAAACCACACCUAUAGAAAGAGCACUUCCAGCACAGGGGUUCUGACAGAGCCCCAGGACUGUAUCUCAUUGUCCAAACCUGAGUCACGGACUACCCAUGGAGCUCAAUUUAGGGUUUGAUCCCUCAUGAACAAAAAAUUGGGGAGACCUGGCCUCCCAAAGAGAAAAUCUGUGGGCUAUUACUAAAAGACUGGGGAAAAUUGCAUGGUUGAACUAGAAAGUACAACCGACUUCCAUUCCAGUGAUUAGACUUCAUUUUACAGUAGGUGAGCCACGAAUCCAGUAUAGGGGGCAAGGAGGGGCAAUUGGAAAAGUCCUGAGGAUGCCUUGAGCAUUGUUUCUGCCCACAGAGUUCCAAGUAGAGCCUGAUUCCAUCUGAUUGGCUGCUAGACAUAAGUAAAAGCUCCUUCCCCUCUCCGUGUUGGUAAAAUCCAGGGUUACCAACUGGCUGGUAUCCAUGUCAGUGGAAAUGGGAGAUGACUCAGUGAUUGGCAUCUCAGAGCUAGAAUCUCUGACGGAUAGAAAACCAUCACCAAGGGUGAGAUAGACUCCCUUACUAGACUCUGAGCUCCCUGGAUGCAGGGCUAUUGGUUUUCAAAUCUGUAUCCCCAGCAUCAGAUGUGCUUGGAAUCAAUCCACAGACUGUAUGCUGACACAAAUUAGAAUCCCAUUAUAGAUGAGAUAGAAGGAAGGAUGGAAGUAUAAUUGGAAUCAUAGUCAGAUGGGUAAUUGGAUGGGUGAAUGUACAUUUUGGACAAAUGGAUGAAUAGAUGGUUCAAGAGCUGAGUGGGUGGAUGGAUGGUUGAGCGAGUGGAAGACAGAUGGCUAGCUAGGUGAUUGGAGGAUGAAUGGAUCGACGUUGGGAGGACUAGAUGCAUGAUUAUGUAGAUUAUGAGUAGAUAGAUGAUUGGCUGGACAACUGAAUUGAUGACCAAGUGGUUGUAUGUAGUGAAAUGAAUGGAUGGAUGGUUGUUUGUAUAUGUGGUUUUAUGGAAACAUGGAUAGAUGAUUAGGUGGGUGAGUGCAUAAAUGAGUGGAUAGAUGUUUGGGUGGGUAGAUGGAAUGCGAUGAUGGCUGGUUGAUGUGUGGUUAGUAAUAAUCCAAAAUGGUUGGAUAUGUGGAUGGGAGAAUGGUAUAAAAGUUAAAUGGAUGGAUGCAUAAGUGGAGGUGAAGAAUCCCUAAAGUUGCCUAAAAUACCUGGAUUGCCCUCACGAUGAUCUGUCAGUUUAAACAACGUCUAGAAUGAGUAGAGUUUUACUGGAUGAAUUGGCUUCCGACUAGAGUAGACAGAGACUGGAGCAGAGGCACCCUGGGAAGUCACUGCUGUGGAACUCCUGUGCCAUCCCUGUCCCCCCACUGUCUCAAUGCCUGCUUCUCGGGCACCCACCGCAACCAUGCUCUGACCAUUUCCCCCUUCUUGCCACUGCCAAAACUUCCGUCAGCAAAAAUUCUGUUGAGAACUGAACAAAAAGUAAAUUAUUUGUAAAAGGGGUUUUUAUUUUAAUAGACUUCCAUUUAGAGGUACUAAUAGUAGACUUACAGCCAUCCACCUAGGAAGAAGCUUGGGGUAAAAACAGAUAUAUUCCCUCUAAUCCUGAAACUAACUACCUAGAUGGUCAACUACUUUACUGUUGUGUUGACUAAAUGCCAAAGGCUGGUCUGACAGAAGCCCGCAGUCCACAGUCUGUCAGGUAAGUGUUUUAGCCUUCAUUCUAGAUGAGUCAGAUGCCACUGGGCAAGAACAGUCUCUUUCUCAUUCUUUACACUCAGUGCCCAUAACAGAGUAUAGCACGGAGACAGCACUUAAUAAAUGUUAGAUGAUGAAUGGGUGGCUGGACAGGUGGUAGACAGGCAGUGGGUGGAUGAUGGAUAGCUAAGCCUCAGUGGUCCCACACUGCUUGCCUUCACCAUUUCCCCAGCAGUAUCUUGCAGUUCUCUAGAACUGGACUACUGAGUACCAAUAAACAAAAGCUCUGAGCCUUCCAAAAGUCUGAGCAUGACUCCAGAACUUGCUGACCAGUCCAGCAGAAGGACAGAGACCCAAAGAAGUCCUUGGGUCAACCUCUGGAGCUGAAGGUAUUUGGCUAUCCGCAGGAUUUAGAAGUCAAAGGUCCACCACUGGAAUUUGUUUUAUUUUUUUCAUUGCAAAUGACAGAAACACAAAGUGCUUCAACAAGAAAAACAAAAUUACUUGGCUUAGUUGACCAAAAGAUUCAGCAAUGUGUGAUCUCAGACCCCCAACCCCAUCCCAAAUACAGAAUUCAAGAUAUGCCUUUAAAUUUUUAAAUUCUCUCUCUCCAUCCCCGGAUGAUGUUUCCUCCCAUUUGGUUUCAUUUGUAGGCAGUAAUCCACAUGCUUAGAGUAGAAGCUGUAGAAGGAGUAAUUCAACAAAGCUUUCCAUUGACAAAGUACUGUUUAAUUCUUGAAAGAAUGAUUGCUUAGGAAAAAUAGGUUAAAUUAAUCCUGGGAGUUAACAAAUGUCCUUAUGGCUGAAAUAUUCUGAGUUGGUUCUUCCUGAGUUAUUUGCAGCCAAAAGCAUCCCAACUUAUCCAACACAUAACAAAUAGUGUUAGUAGUAGAGUCGUAUAUCACAUGGGCUUAGAUCUCUACUCAGGAAAUCAGUCAUUCCUGUUAUCAACAAGGAGCAGGAUAUUUUUUUCAUCAACUAUUAAUCAGGAAUCUAAACUGCACUGCAGUGUCGCAGGCGCAAGAGACACAAAUCUGAAUAAGACAUCACCAUGCAAAGAAAAACAUUGAUAAAUUUGACCACCUUAAAAAAAAACUUACUAAAAAAACAUAAGCAGAGACAAAAGUCAGAGUGAAAUUCAAAUCACCGACAAGACCAAGGGUCAAUCCCAAUAUAAAAAGAGCUCUUAGAAACUAAUAACAGUCCAACAACCAAAUGAAAAAUGGUCAGAGACUAUCAACAAACAUGUGAUUUUUUAAAAUCACAACGGGUUCUCAAUCUUAUAAGAAGAUUAGUCUUACUCAUAAGAGAAAUGCAAAUACAUUGAGAACCAUUUUCCCCCAUCAGGUUGACAAAAAUCUGGAAGUUUUAGGACUCACAGUUCUGGCGGAGCUGUGGGGCCCUUUGUGCAUUGCUCUUGCAGGCUGAAAUUGACACAGCUCCUAAGGAGAGAAGGUUGACACUAUUUAUCCAAUAUGUAAGUUUGACCCAGCAAUCCCACUUCUGAGAAUUUACUUAUAGAUAUAUGUAUGUAGGUGUGUCUAUAAUUGCAGAGAAUGAAAACAACCCAAAUACUCAUCUGUGGUAAUGUGUUUACAUGAUGAUAUAGCCCUGCAAUGGAAUACUAUACAGUCAUAAAAAAGAACAAGAUCCUUCCCUACGUAUCAGUUUGGGAAGAUCUAAACACAUCACUAAGUAAAAAAGACUCAGAUGCCAGAGCAGAAUGACAUGUGCACAUGCCACCGAAUAUAUGAAAAUAGAGAAAAAAAUAACUAUUAUCUUAUUUGCAAAAACAAACUUUGGAAGGAUGUGUAAGAAAUUAAAGCAGUGACCUGUAGGGAGCUAUCAGACAGGUUAUCAAGUGGGAGAUAUUUAUUUACAUAUAGAUACCUUAUUUACAUGUUGAACUUGUGAAUGGGUUACCAUUAGAACAUCUUAAAGAUCAAAUGUCAGUUCUGGGGACUUAUCUCUCAUAGCCUGUUGCCCUAGGGAGCUUGUUUCUAGCCACAGUUUCCCCCAAAUGACAACAGUAGCCCUUUCCCCAUGGCCCUCAAGGUGCUGGUGUGAAGACUGAAGAAACGUCUGUAAAUCAAGCGACCCCUCCUGCCCCAUCCCAGGAAGCCUCGCCUGCCCUGAGCCAUCACAGGCAGUGGUGCUCCCAGGGCUCUGAGUCAGGGACACCCCAGAAAGCCCUGUCAAAGCAGCUUUCAGAGCAACUGUGCUACAUCCAUUCAUCCAUUCUCCCAGGGUGAGCCAGGUCUACCAUUUACCAGGUGCUCUCCUCAACUUCUGAAUACAGAGGCAGCCCAGACCUUCAUGGAGCCAACUUUCCUGCAGAGGGACCCUGAAAGAAAGCCGGCAGCUGAACUGGGGGCUCGGGCUUUCCCCCUCACCUCCUCAUCUUGCGGAGAGGGCCUGCCAGCCAGAAGCAGGAAACCUGUACACACCCCAGGUCCUUUACACACGCCGGGCACAAGCUUGCUUUUCUGCUUGAGCCUAAGUCCCCUUCCAAGAAGUGCCUUGAGGUCAGGAGAAGGGGCCGUAUGACUCUCAGCAAGGAGAAGGUAGAUCUUGGAAGCCUAAGUCAGCCAACUUCAAAAAAAAGAGCCCUGAGAACAUCUUUGAAAGAGAUCACGGUAUCUGUCCGGUGAAAUUUAUUCAGAGUCCAAAUAAUGGCCCCUUUGCUGUCCAAGGGGUGAACAUUCAUUGAGGGUCUUUUCUGUUGGUUGAGAUUUUGACUUUCAGAACACACAGCAUGGCCUUGUUGUGUCAACAAUGGAGGCUGCUGUCCUCCUCAGACCUCAGCUGAAGUCCAGAGAAAGCACAGGGCGAUGCGGUGUGGAGUAACCGGAGCAAUGUGCGGGCACCACGGACCACCUCCUCUAAGGAGGUGAACUCAGGUGACAUCUGAGCUCAGACCCGGAUGAUGAGAAAAACCCAGAAAGCGUUCCAGGGAGACAGGAAGUACAGAGCUUCCAGGCAAACAAACCUUUCAAGCUGGAGGGCAAGAAAGGAACCAGGUGAGGAAAAAAAAAAAAAAGGAACCGGGUGUGGCUACAGGUGAGGCCAAAGGUCAUGGGUCAAAGGGCAAGACCUGGCUAGAUCUGACUGAAUGCUUUUGGAGGUGAUGUGGGAUUUUACUGGAGUUUGUAUUUUAUUCUAAAUCCAAGGAGAAGACUCCAUAGAGCUUUAAGCAGGAGAGUGGCAUGAUCUGAUUUACAUUUUAAAAAAUCACCCUAACUGCUGUGGGGAAAAAUGGUCUGAAGGCAGAAGGAUGGAGGCAGGGCGUCCAGUCAAAAAUAACUGGUUAUGGGAGUCCCCAUGAACUGAACAGAGACUUUUAAAUAUUAUUUUAUAAUCUACACACAGUUUCCUACAUGAAACUCAAGUAUGCAUCUUGAUGUAUUUUUACAUAUGAUUUGGGUAGCCAGCAGCCAGAUCCAGAUGGAAGACAUUUCCAGGCCCAUAAAAACUGUCUCCUGGCCCUUGCCAGCCUUUACCCCCAUUCCGUCAUGUUCCUGAUUUCUGCCACCACAGUAGUUGGGCCUGAUCAUGGGUUCAUAUACACAGGCCCAUACAGCAUGUACUGUUCUCUAUCUGGCUUCUUUCACUCAUAAGGUUUUUGAGGCGGUCCCUGUUAUGGCGUGGAUGUGCAGCUCACUCUGGGUAGAGAAUUUGAGUUAAUUCUGGACCAUUCUCCUUACACUGCUUUCAACCCCUGUUGAUGCCAGCUCAGCGCCAGCAAACUGUGCUUGCCAGUGACCACCAGAGGGCAGUGCAACCCUGCAGCUGGCCUGAGCGCCGCGCAGGGGCCCCCUGAAGUGGGGCCUGGAACAAGGCAGGGUUGCCCUUGAAAGGAUUUUGAAAGCGUCUUCUUCAGGCCAUGCCCAGGCUUCAGGGAUUGUCUCAAUGAAAUGGCAGCGCCGUUGACAACGUUCAGGCCCACGAGUUAAUGACCAGCUGAUCGGCCAAGGCCGCAGUGGGGAUCCCAGCAAGGAGCAGUGUCUGUAGGAAGGCAAGGGGACGCUAAGGUGGCCCCAAGGGCGAUCUGCAGCCACAGGUCUGGAGAGCACUGUCCUACACCUGCCCCGUCUUUAAAAGUUGGCUUCUCUAACUUUUAAUAAUGUGAUUGCAAUAAUUAAAAUUGUUUGGAGAAAUGUUGGCAUUUAUUUUAUAACCAGAAGUUCAUUUGAAGUUAGUAACAAGCCAGGUCCGGCCAAAUACUGAUUUUUAAAUUCAGCCAUUAAGGAUUUGGCCUCAAAUGAGCAUUUGGUCAACUCUGGCUAUAGGUGAGGGGGCACCUCUUUUCAUCUGCAGCCCCCACUGCGCAGGUAGUGGGGUAGCGGCCUUCGUCUCGGUCCUGCUGGCCACUUGGUGUGGUUGAAUGACAAGCUGCUAUGUCCCAGGUGCUGGGCUAAGCCUUUGACCUGCAUUAGCUCAUUCUGUCCUCACAGCCACCCAGGGUCCUGUCAGGAGAGGAGGGAGGGCACGGUAGUUAGGACACUGACACUGGGUUAAAUCCCAGCUCUCCCUUUUAUAUCUGUGGGAACUGCACCUCCUGAACCCCAGUUUGCAGUUGAAAAUGGGUGUGACAACAGCACUGACCUCACAGAUUUGUUGACCACACCGAGUGCAUUCAGAUGGGAACAGCACUUAGAAGUGGCUUUCAAACUUUUUUGACUGCCCUCCACAAGAAACUCAUACUACAUUAUGAGUAUGUAGUAUCCUGAGUAUCCACCCAGGAUAACAUACAUAUAUGUAUGUGUACCUAAACAUGAGUGUAUGUGUUUUGUGAAUGUAACUAAAAUUAUCUCACAAAGCAAUGCCUACCCGUAUCACUGUGCUGUAUCCUGUGAUCUUCCUCCCUACUCUGUUUUUAAAUGAUGCAGGUCACAAUCUACAAACCAAUUUCACUCAUAACCCAUUGUUUUGAAAAUACUGGUUUAGAACAAGGUGUGGCAAAGAAUAAGCUUGUCAUCCAAUUAACUGUGGUUUUCAUAAACCCCACUUUACAGAGGGGGAAACUGAGGCCCAGAGAGGUGUGGCUUGCCCCUGACCUCACACCUGAAAAAAGGUGACAGAGCUUGCGUUUCCAACCCAGCGUCUUUGACUGCUAGAUUACUGUUCUCCGGCCUGAGGCUGCAAACUGGUGGGUGGCUCACAGGCCAGAUCUGGCCCACAUGUAAGAUUGAUUGCCCUUCAUGGUAUGUUUUUAAUCUUUGAUCCAGUUACUUAAGACUUGGGAGAUUUCAUUUAAAUUGUGACUUCUCUCUCCAAAAAAGUGAACAGUCUGUUGACACCGGGCCUGCAUGUGCACAUGACCAGCUGAGCCACACUGCAGCUGCCCCUUUUAGCUGCAGCAGGUACUCUCUAGGCUUACCCAAUGGCCGCAUUCCCCACCACACCCUGCUGUCUCCCUGCAACACUGAGGCCAAGCAUCAGCUGUCAUUCAUCAUCACACCUGCUGACUGUUUUUUCCAGAAUGGAGAAGUAUUUUUCUAUCAAAAGUGGAAAUGCAAAAACUAAACCAAGGGACCUUCAUGUUUCAAGAAGAACAUAGGUGCAUGAAUCGAUUCUACCAUGUUUCACAUACAAAGAAGACAUGUCUAUGUCGAUUCUACCCUCCCCCAGCCCCAGCCCCCCUGCCCCACCACCACCGAUCUGCUUCUUUGGUUUCUAGUCUCUACCUGGGCCUGGGAGCCGAGCAGAGUUUACAGCUCCCGUCCUAAGCACUACCCUGUAGCUACCCUCUGUCCAUAGCUGUGUCUGCAGCUCCUGAAACUGCCCAGCUGUGAAUGGGAGCCUAAUUAACAGUGACUACAUGAGUGGCUUUUAUACAAUAGCUUCUCCAAUAAUGACUUCUAAAGAUAUCGUAAUGGUUAAGAGCAGGCAGUUUUUUUGUGUCGUCAGACUGGGUUCAAGUCCAGCUUCUGCCACUAACUAGCUGUGUAAGCUCAGGCAGCUUCCUCCACCUCUCUGGGCCUGAUGUCCUCAGCUGCCAAAUGCAGGUUAUUAGGAUGCAGUGUUGCCUGGAAUGAAGAAGAUGCUUGUACAUGGAGUUCCUUCUCCUUCAGUUCAUUAAGGUGAAUCAAGGUCAGUACUCAACUGCCUUAACAAGCUGGCUAGUGCCCAGCUGGCCUGACCUCGGACUAUCCUCUGGGCCAGGGGGACAGAGGUAUCCCAUUAAUACCAUGCCCUGAGAAUAGAGCCCUGGGCAGGUAGAGCUGUGGGCCAGAUGGCAAAGCCAAGGGUUUGAUCGCUGGCCACAGCGCUGGGUGAGAACUGCCUGGUCCAACACGCAGCCGUCCUUCCUCCCCUCCUCCCUCCUGCUGCUGCUGUGCCCUCCUGAACGCAAGGGGCUGGAAAGCUGCGAACUGUUCCCUCGGCUCCUUACAGCCAAGGGUCUGGAGCAUUUCAGGACCCACCAGUCCGCUGUGUUCCACAAGGGACCUACACUGGGUACGGAAUUAAAUGGGGAGAAAGGUGGCUGUCCUAUGUGAGAAACCAAGGCACGUUCUGCCACCAAGCGUCCAGGGGUCAGUUCAGGUGCUGAUGUCCUGAGGCCAGACCUGCACAGAGGCAGUGAGGACAAGCACACUCUGUGGCUGUCACCCUAUCUAACUGGGACGACCGAGAGAAGAGGCUACUGCUUCCCUUCCACCUUCAAAAUCUCACACAAGUUCCUCUUUUGGUCAAUUCUACCUCAGAAAUACUCAAGGAAAGGGAUUCUGAGAAAUGUAGUUCCGGCCUCACCAAGUUAACACGACAGACUGUAGACAGGUUUGCUCACUACAGCUUUCCACUUUAACUGGCCAAGUGAACUCUGCUCUUGACAGCUGACCUGACUGACGGACUUUGGAGUUCUACAGUGUAUGCUGUCAACAUUUUCAUUAACCAAGGUCUUUUGGGGUUGGACAAUUCCUACCUUGGGACCUGGCACCAGAAGCAGCUGCAUCUCAAGUUCCCAGCCUCCCUUGCAGUUAGAAUGCAAGCAUGUGAACUGGGCUCAAUCAGUGAGAUAUACUCAGAUGGGACCCAGACUCAGCCAAUCAAAUACAUCCAAAUGGUAGUUAGACUUAGUCAAAUACACCCACGCGGAACCUAGGCUUAGCCAAUCUAGAUACACCCACAUGUGAAAGCAAUGGAAGUGGAUUGUGACACAUGGGAUCCAAUCUAGCGAGGAGGCCAAAAGGGCAUGCCCAUUGUCACUAGUGAGAGUUGCAGUGUCUGGGCCCAGUGGCAGUGACACAAAGGUCCUGCAAUGGAAUCUGGACAUCGUUCGUGGCUGUGUGGUCUCCAAGCCAGUCUCUCUGGCCUCCCUCCCAGAGAUCUGGGAGCCUCUUAAUAUCCUUUCAUUUCUUCCCUGCUCCAAUUUACCUAGAGUGGAUUCUCUUGUUUGCAACUAAAAACCCGACUUCCUCUAAAUUCAUUUAGCCCCCAUGUCUCAAUUUCCCAAAAGCAGAACAAUACCCACCCCCACCCCCACCCGGGGCAGUUGAGAAGAGUCAGGGAAGGGCCGCCCAGAGGCUUUGCGAAAACCUAGGUCGGUGCCGCACACACAGACCAUGUCGUCUGAUGGGCCACUGCCCUGGCUUGGUGUCAGGCAGUCGGCUUUGAAUCCUGGCUUUGGCACUGACCUGUCGUGUGACCUUAGGCAAGUCACUUUCCCCAUCUGGAGAAUGGGACUAUGAUUAGUGCCUGCCUGUGGCAUCAUUGUGACCACUGAAAGAUGGCUGCAGGGAAAUCCCUCAGCACAGAAGGAAUAUGGGUGGCCUUUGUUUCUCUGGAUUAAAGAAAAUAAAUAAUAACAUACACUGUGUCCUGAUGCACCCAAAGAGGGUCUGUGAAAUGCUGAUGUUUCGAAAACAUAUUCAAAACACAACUCUGAUUAAUGCCACUGAAUUACACACUUGAAAUGGUUAAAAGGGCAAAUUUGAUGUUAUAUAUUUUUUACCACAAUGUUUUAAAAUGAAUGUAAUACACCUAAGAUUAUUGAAUUAUACACUUUUAAAUGGGUGGAUUGUACGGUAUGUGAUUGUGUCUCAAUAAAGCUGUUUAAAAAAAAA